AUGUUCCUGUUGCUCGGCUGUAUACUGUUCAGCGCCUUUAUGCAAAUUUCGUGUGGGGCCGACAAUGUGCCGCAUUUCAUGAACGACUCGGCGUUGGUGCGGGUGAAGCGGCAGACGUUUUACUAUCUUUGCGGCUCACCGCCAACCCAGUACUACUCUGUUAAGCCCUGCACCCCGACAGCUCCAAAAUGCCAGAAUGGCGGUCGACUGAUCGGGGUCGGGUGUCGCUCUGUAUACAGAGUUGUUGCUGCACCGUGCCGGAACCACCGUUGCCGCCGCCGCUCCCACCAGUACCCGGGCACAGAUUCGGCGUUUGUUACCACGGUCAACUCUCGGAAGUGCGAUGCAACGAGCCAGGACAAUGUGCUCCGGGCCAGACGUGCAUCAACGGAUUGUGCUGCACAUCAACCGGAAAUGAAUAUAAACACGCUUGCGGGGGAGAAGCUGCCC